CCAAGCCACACGUUUUGGAAUCAAAUUAAAUAAUUUAAUACUAUACCCCAGUCUGCGGUGUCUACAACCAAUUGAAUAACAGAACAACGCUCUCGUAUUCACAGUUCAGAAAUUCGUAGAAAAAAUCAUAAUCAACUUGUACAAAAAAAAAAACGAAAAUAAUGUGAAAUAGUUAUUUUUUAAAUAAAAUAAACCGUAAAAAAAAAAAAAAGAAAGAGGAGGAAAACAAAGAUCAGACGAUGACGGCGGAAUCGGGUGGGUCGAAGUUCGGUCUUCCCGAAGAUGUCAUCCAAGUGCUACCGUCAGAUCCGUUCGAGCAACUCGAUUUAGCACGCAAGAUCACCUCAAUUGCUUUAAUGACACGUGUAAACGCCCUUGAAUUAGAGUCGUCGGAACUUCGCGCCAAGAUCGCCAAGAAAGAUAGACUCAUCGAAGAACUUCAGUCUCAGCUUGAAUCCCUCGAUACCUCCCUCUCCGUAACCGCCGAUAACCUCGUCCGCGCCGAACAAUUUAAGGAGAGCUUGCUUAAGGAGAAUGCUUCACUUUCCAACACCGUCAGAAAGCUCAAUCGAGAUGUCUCCAAA